AAUUCAGGACUAAUUACUGGUUAAACAAUAUCUGAAUAUGCAUAACUUGGUAAUUACUUGGUGUGAUCUGGGUUAUUUUUUCAAUUUUUGUGGAUUAUAGAUUUGAAGCUAAAAGAUUCCUACUGCAGUAGCCUACCGGUACUGGUUAUAGAAAAAUGAGUGGAGUCAAAUCAGGGUCUCGGUUUAAUGAGGGUGAUUGGACCUGUCCUGAAUGCAGUAAUAUCAAUUUUGCACGCCGGUCACAGUGCAAUCGCUGUAGUGCUGAAAGAAAAUAUGAAGUGAAAAAAAUUAAAAAAGGUGGAAUUGAAAUAGGCAAACAAGCUGCGGAAAAAAGUCAUGGCUUGUUCAGUGCUGAAGAUUGGAUGUGCAAAACUUGUGGAAACGUUAAUUGGGCUCGCCGAAGUGAUUGCAAUAUGUGUAACACUCCAAAAGUCAAUGUACAAGAAGAAAGAACAGGAUUCGGUGGAGGAUUUAAUGAAAGAGCAGGUGUUGAAUACAAGGAAAAAGAGGAUUCUGAUGGUGAAUAUGAUGAAUUCGGAAGAAAAAAGAAGAAAUUCAGGGGUACUACAAGAAGUGUUAGUAGUGUAGUGCCGAAGACUGAUUUAGAAGAAGAUGAAGAGGAGGAGAGUGGAAGUGAUGAGGAUGUUUCUAAAUAUGAUUUAGAUGCGGAUGAUGAUGAUGAGGACGAAGACGAUGGUAGUGCAGCAAAAUAUGAUUUGGAAGCAUCUGACGAAGAACAGGAUGCAAAAGAAUCAGAUAGAACCAGUCCAGACAAGCGCAGAAGCAGAUCCAAAUCACGAAGUCGAUCGAAAGAUAGAGAUUCUCAUCAUAGUUCACAUUCCAACUCACGAUCACGUAGAAGACACAGCUCUUCAUCUUCCAAUAGUGUUAAUAGCGAUGAUAGCCGGGGCCACAGAAGACACAAUCAUCGCAAUCGUCACAACAAAAAAUCAAGAUCCCGUAGUCGAAGUCCUCAUCACCGCAAAAGGCAACAUUCUUCUGGCGAUCGUCAUAAUCAUCAUCGAUGAUAUGCUAUAGUUGCAAGACUACAAAACCACUCUGUGGUGGUGAAGAUGAAAUGUCAACCAAGAAAAGAUUUCUUGAUCUCUACGUUUUAUUGUGUUGAAAAUAACAACAAUAAAAACAACAAUUUUUAGAUUA